AUGUCUGCCUCUCUCCCUGGCAGUCGGGACUUGCCCGCAUCGCAAUAUGACCUGAAGACCUAUUGGGGUCGUGUGCGCCAUGCCGCCGACAUUGCUGAUCCUCGCACUCUGUUCGUUUCAUCUGCUGGUCUCGAGAGCGCCAAGAGCCUCAUCACUUCCUACAAGCAGAACCGCAUCCCAACCAUGACCCCGGAGUUGUGGUCGGCGAAGAAGGUGGUCGAUGCGACAUUACACCCUGAUACUGGCACCCCCGUUUUCUUGCCCUUCCGCAUGUCAUGCUACGUGCUCUCGAACCUGGUUGUCACUGCAGGCAUGCUGACCCCAGGAUUGCAAACCACCGGCACACUCCUCUGGCAAAUCGGUAACCAGUCCCUCAAUGUCGCUAUCAACAACGCCAAUGCCAACAAAUCCACCCCUCUUUCCAUGUCCCAGAUCGGCAAGUCCUAUCUGAUGGCCGUUUCUGCCUCCUGCUCCGUCGCAGUUGGCCUGAAUGCUCUCGUCCCCCGCCUCAAGAGCAUCUCCCCGAAUACUCGCCUUAUCCUUUCCCGCCUCGUCCCCUUCGCCGCCGUCGCAAGUGCUUCUGCCCUGAACGUUUUCCUCAUGCGCGGCGAAGAAAUCCGCCAGGGUAUCGACGUCUACCCCGUCCUGUCCGAGGCUGACCGUGCCAAGCGUGAACUCAACGAGGACGCAGAACCCAUCCAGAGCCUCGGCAAGAGCAAGAAGGCUGCUACCAUUGCCGUCGGUGAGACGGCUAUCUCCCGUGUCCUGAAUGCUACACCCAUCAUGGUCUUGCCGCCGCUUAUCCUUGUUCGUCUGGAGAAGACGAACUGGCUGCGAGCCCGUCCUCAUAUGAUCAUGCCUGUUAACCUUGCCCUUGUUCUGGGUACUUCUCUGUUUGCACUGCCCCUCGCGCUCGCGGCUUUCCCAUCCCGCCAGUCUAUCAACGUGUCCAGCCUUGAGGAGGAGUUCCAGGGCCGUGGUGGCGAUCAGGGUAUGGUUGAAUUCAACCGUGGAAUGUAA